AUGCCUACGGUGCAGGGCUUCAGCGCGUUGCGUGCGCGGUCAUACGUGCUCCGCCUGCCGCUCUUCACUCGCGCCAUGGUAGUGGUGAUGGCGGCGCUCUGGCUGGCCGGCCUGCAGUCUAUGUGGGAUGUGCGGCAAUGGGGCGCGCUGAUUCCGGACGAGAUGGGCAUCGCGACAAUGUACCGAGCCAACACGUUCCCCCUGAUCCACCUCAACUUCUUCCACGCCCUUUUCAACAUCCUCUCCCUGACCCCGCUGCUAGAGAGGUUCGAGCACGAGUUCGGCACCUUGACCUCGUUAGCCCUGUUCUUCGGCCCUCUGACUACGAUUCCCGCCCUCGUGUACGUCCUCGUCGAGAAGCUCAUCCUGAGGGGAAACACGGCUGUCAUGGGAGCGAGUAUCUGGGUUUUCCUAUUACUCGGCAUGGAGGCCAUUCGAACUUAUAAGACGAAUCCCCACCUCGUGAUAGGGACGUACCACGUUCCGACGUGGACGACGCCCCUUAUGCUGGUUCUCGUCGUCGAGGCUCUGGUCCCUAAUACCAGCUUCGUCGGCCAUCUCUGCGGGGUCAUUACCGGGUAUCUAUUCGGCCUUGGCUAUCUCAAGUUUCUGUCACCGCCAGAAAAGGCGUUGCGAUGGGUCGAGGGACGCCUUAACCUCUUGGGGCGGCUGCCGCACUACGUCAGCGUAGAUCAGAAGACGUACGGGAGAUUCGGCGUCCUGCCGACGAGCAGCUCGACCAGCUCGACGACGCCAUUGGGCCUUAUAGGCUCUACGCAGAGGUUGGGCCCCUGA